AUGAUGCAAAAAUUCCCUAGGAUCAGGAAACAGUUCGGAAAGGCUGUUGCUGAGUUCCAUCUUAUCCUUAGUCAAGAUAAAAUAUUAGUGCCAAUUGAUGCAGAUGCACCACGAUUAACAUUGGCCGCUUGGAUUUACUUGAAAAAAGCUAAAAUGAUACAAAAAUGUGAAAUAUGUGCAGCACACUUUUACUCUUCAGAUAAUGUAGAUCCAGAAACCCAAAGUAUUUUGGAUGAUUUUAUCAAACAAUACCCCAUGGACAUUAAAUACGUGCAUCACGAUGAUGUCACUGAUAGAGAGUCACUACACCGAAUGUAUGUUGAAUACGCCUUAGAAGAAAAUUGUAAUAAAGUUGCCGUUCCAGAUACGAUUGAGCUUAUGAAUGCAACAAUGCUUGCAACAAUGUGUACUGAUUGUGUAUUAAAUGGACCGGAUCCUGCACAAAAAGUGCAACUUGCACCUGAUGCACCAGAAAUUACAAUAAUUCGACCAUUCUGUUACUUAAAAGACGCUGAUUUACUUAGUUUUACGCAGAAAAACUUAAUGAAAACUCAUAAAGCUGGAAUUGAUAUUGAAGAAGAGAAUGAAGUUAUUGUUUGUCGCGAAACAAUUAAAGCUUUAAGCACUGAAGCAUCAAAUACUAAUUAUAAUAUCUUCCAUUCUCAAUUUGUAGUUCAAGAGAAAUAUCUUGGUGGUGGAGAUGGAUUAUAUCAUGAGCUUGGUGACUUUGAUAAAGAUUAA